AUGCAUAAUCCAUAUCCAGAGUAUGACAACCCCGCUACAUGGAUGCAGAACUUUGUGCAACAAGGUCACAACAUCUUGUUCGAAGUCGCCAAGAGGUACGAAUAUGAGGUUGAGCAAGCCAAUAAGCAGUUCUCAAAGGAAGACGACGCUAUUGAGACUGCACUCCAAAAGUACGACGAGCAAUGGUCCAGGACUAUCAAGGUGAAGAGUGCGCUAGCAUUAGUCCGAGACCACGAGCACAAGGACGACCUUAAGGAAGCUAGAGAAAUCGUCAAAGAGCAGCUCAGGUCGAUUCAGCGAGAACGCGAGGCCCUCGAGAACCGGAGGCCUAGGUGCGAAGAUCAACACUAUCGACGUCACAAGGCCACUGCAACUCUUUUCGAGAAUCAGCCCAAAUUCUAUGAUGCGAUUGUCUAUCGUAUUCAGAGCGAAAUGUUUGCCUACACCCAAGACGAGCAGCACUCCGAGUGA